AUGAUGACUACGAGUUCAACUGUUUCAACUUCUCAAGGAUUCCUUCCACGAGCAAUGCAUGGCUCCUUUGAAUCCUCAAAUGUUCUUGCUUCUGGUUCUUUAGCUCAGCCUGAACUGGAAUCCAGUGGUGGCAAUGAAGUGGAAUUGAUUUCUGUAUCUUGGAACCAGGAUUACGGCUGCUUUGCUGCUGGCACAAGCCAUGGGUUUCGCAUUUAUAAUUGUGAGCCUUUUAAGGAAACUUUCAGACGUGAUCUCAAAAGUGGGGGAUUCAAAAUUGUUGAGAUGCUGUUCCGGUGUAACAUUUUGGCACUUGUUGGUGCUGAUGCAAAUUCGCAGUAUCCUCCAAACAAAGUUUUGAUCUGGGAUGAUCAUCAGAGCCGGUGCAUUGGUGAAUUUUCAUUUAGGUCUGAGGUUCGUGCAGUUAAGUUAAGGCGGGAUCGCAUUAUUGUUGUUCUUGAGCACAAGAUAUAUGUUUAUAAUUUCAUGGAUUUGAAGCUUCUUCAUCAGAUCGAGACUCUGGCAAAUCCUAGAGGACUGUGCUGCCUUUCUCAGAAUUCAAAUACAUCCGUGUUAGCCUGCCCAGGGCUUCAUCGAGGCCAGGUUCGAAUUGAACACUUUGGGUUGAAUGUCAUGAAGUUGAUUAAUGCUCAUGAUUCUCAUAUUGCAUGCCUGACCUUGACAAUGGAUGGCCUGCUUCUUGCAACUGCUAGUACAAGGGGCACUUUGAUAAGAAUUUUCAACACAAUGGAUGGCACUCGUUUACAAGAGGUGCGAAGGGGAGUUGACAGAGCGGAGAUUUAUGGCAUUGCACUCUCUCGGAAUGUUCAGUGGUUGGCUGUAUCAAGUGACAAAGGUACUGUUCAUAUCUUCAGUCUAAGGGUUCGAGUGGCUGGGGAGGACUCAUCCUCUCGUUCAAGCCCUGCUCAGGGUCUGGCAUUGUUAGAACAGAAUUCACCAAAUUCCCUUGAUGCCCUUAUUUCUCCAAGCACUAGCGCGAAUCCUGGCUCGUCACUAUCUUUUAUGAGGGGGGUUUUACCUAGAUAUUUUAGUUCUGAGUGGUCAUUUGCUCAGUUCCAUUUGCCAGAAGACACCCAGUAUAUUGCAGCCUUUGGAUCUCAGAAUACAGUCAUUAUCGUUGGUAUGAAUGGGAGCCUAGCCAAGCACAUCUUCCUGGGUGCCUUAAAUAAUGACCAUAUUAGGUGGGGAUCAUUGUUGGCCAAUCUUGUUGUGAGGUUUUCUCCAUUACCAGUUUUUACAGGUGCAGCUUUGAUCCAGUUCAUGGAGGACAGAUGCUGCAGCAGGAAUAUGUCCGCUUUCUGCAAACAGAGAGUAGACCUAGAUAGGGCCGUCUGUUUAUCAUAUCCAGAAUAUUUAUUUUCCAUACCAUGUAAAUAUGAAUUAUAA